GGUCCGGAGGCGCCCUCUGGCAGACUCCGCGGCGGCGACGGCCUGGGCAAACGGCCCGCGUGCGCAGGCGCGGAGCUAUCCCUCGCUGCAGCCCCCCCAUAGCCACGGAGAGUCGCCCCCGCCGAGUCCACCCGCUGGACUGUCGGGGCGCCCCUUACCCCGCGCUUUAGGCCCCCCAGCGCCCCACGCGCCCCCAUGGCGGAGCUGCGGCCUAGCGGCGCCCCCGGCCCCACCGCGCCCCCAGCCCCCGGCCCCGCUGCCCCGCCAGCCUUCGCCUCGCUCUUCCCCCCGGGACUGCACGCCAUCUACGGGGAAUGCCGCCGCCUUUACCCCGACCAGCCCAACCCGCUCCAGGUGACCGCUAUCGUCAAGUACUGGUUGGGCGGCCCAGACCCUUUGGACUAUGUUAGCAUGUACAGGAACGUGGGGAGCCCUUCUGCCAACAUCCCUGAGCAUUGGCACUACAUCAGCUUUGGCUUGAGUGAUCUCUACGGGGACAGCAGAGUCCAUGAGUUCACAGGAACAGAUGGGCCUAGUGGUUUUGGCUUUGAGUUGACUUUUCGUCUGAAAAGAGAAACUGGGGAGUCCGCCCCACCCACAUGGCCAGCAGAACUAAUGCAGGGCCUGGCCCGGUACGUGUUCCAGUCAGAGAACACCUUCUGCAGCGGGGACCAUGUGUCCUGGCACAGCCCGCUGGAUAACAGCGAGUCCAGAAUCCAGCACAUGCUGCUGACAGAGGACCCACAGCUGCAGCCCGUGCAGACGCCCUUCGGGGUGGUCACCUUCCUCCAGAUUGUUGGCGUCUGCACGGAGGAGCUGCACUCAGCCCAGCAGUGGAACGGGCAGGGCAUCCUGGAGCUGCUUCGGACAGUGCCCGUCGCUGGCGGCCCCUGGCUCAUAACUGACAUGCGGAGAGGAGAGACCAUAUUUGAGAUCGAUCCACACCUGCAACAGGACAGAGUUGACAAAGGCAUCGAGACCGAUGGCUCCAACCUCAGUGGUGUCAGUGCUAAGUGUGCCUGGGAUGACCUCAGCCGGCCCCCUGAGGACGAUGAGGACAGCCGGAGCAUCUGCAUUGGCACCCAGCCCCGGCGGCUCUCUGGCAAAGACACAGAGCAGAUCCGGGAGACCCUGAGGAGAGGACUUGAGAUCAACAGCAAACCUGUUCUUCCGCCAAUCAACCCUCAGCGGCAGAACGGCCUCACCCAUGACCGGACUCCGAGCCGCAAAGACAGCCUAGAAAGCGAGAGCUCCACGGCCAUGAUUCCCCACGAGCUGAUCCGUACGCGGCAACUCGAGAGCGUACAUUUGAAAUUCAACCAGGAGUCCGGAGCCCUCAUCCCUCUCUGCCUGAGGGGCAGGCUCCUGCAUGGACGGCACUUUACAUAUAAAAGUAUCACAGGUGAUAUGGCCAUCACGUUUGUCUCCACGGGAGUGGAAGGUGCUUUUGCCACAGAGGAGCAUCCUUACGCGGCUCAUGGACCCUGGUUACAAAUUCUGUUGACUGAAGAGUUUGUAGAGAAAAUGUUGGAAGACUUAGAAGAUUUGACUUCUCCCGAGGAACUGUCCCCGCCCCACCCCCGUCCUUGUGCGGACACCAGCAAAUUGUCUGACUUGCCGGCUCCUGAGAACCUCAUUGAAGAGGCAGCCAGGGCGCUCAGCACCCUCGUCUGUGGGGACUUACCUCAUCCCGGAAAGUCCCUUCCCUCCCCGCCGCCUCCUAACCAGAACACCAGUGGGAUCCGAGCCUUCCUGGCCUCCAUGCCUGAUGGAGGCUAUCCCCACACCCGCCCCACUCUCCACUGUGUCCUGGCGUGGAGAGCCCAUCAGAGGGAGGUGGCGAGAGCCAGCCAGGAAGUGUCGGGGAGCGUCAGACCUCCGGCCCAGCCCCCAGAGUGCGGGAGCCCUGUUCUCACCUGCCCACCCGGCCUGCCUUAGAGCCAAGCCAAAGACAGGCCUGGGCCGGGGUGCCACUUAGUGACAGAGCACUGGCCUAGGGUGCACCGGGCCUUGAGUGUGCUCCCCAGUCCUGGAAAAAAUAAGUAAAAUAAAAUAGAAGAGACCUAGUUUCCAAGCUCCAGCCUCAGUCCACAUCCACAAGCACUUGGGGACCAGCCAGUCCCCACACUAACUGCAAGCCUUAGAAUCCCUAGGGAGCGAAUGUCAGCUCUCCUCGCCCUUCCCCAGAAACCCCCGUGAGUGGGAGAAACCAAACUGAGCUGGUUAGCGCUUCCUGGGGUGGAAGGCCCUGGCCUGUCCCGGCCACCACGAGGCUCUCUGCUGCGCUCCCAGGAGCCGCGUGAGGACUUGCUCUUUCAGAGCCUUCACCGCUCCCAAGCCGCCCUCGGCCUCCUCUGCUGCUAUCAAGGGCAUAGUGCAGUCUGACUUUGAGGCUGACUUUCAGCAAAAGACACAGAGGACAGGUUCUUGGGCCUUUCCCACGUCAGCCUUAGAAAGAGAGGCCAUGAGAAAGCGAGGCCAUGGCAGUGACACACCUCAAGCCACUUCCCUGUAGCAUCUGCACCCUACCCGGCCCCCCAUCCUCCAGCCCAGGGCCUCAGGGAGCAGAUUCCUUACGUGCUUGUGGCCAGAGGCAGAACCAAGGAAGUGAGCAGGAGGGAGGUCAGCACAGUGGAGAAAAAAACUGAAAACACACGUCCUGGCCAGUUAGCGAUUAGCAAGGCAGGGGGAAGGCGGCAGCAAGGGGACCCCUGUGACCGGAGCCCGGCCACCCACCUGGGCCCUGCGGAGGGAAGCCAGGCCUCCAAUGGCCUGUCUUGCCCCAGACCUCAGGGACGAGGCCUGGACAAGUGCCUGCCUUUCUGCAGUUUCUGGGACAAAGGCAGUGAGUCUGCUAACCAUGUGUGUGCUGGGUCUGUGCUUGCUCCCCCACAGUUCAAACUUCCCAAAGAGUACAGCUGGCCUGAAAAGAAGCUCAAAGUCUCUAUCCUCCCUGAUGUGGUGUUCGACAGUCCACUGCACUAGCCUG